UGUAAAAACCAAACUUCAUAGGAAGUUAUUUAUAAUUACAAAAUGAUAACAUGUUUGAAUGCAAGCUAUUAUUUAAAAAGAGAGAAAAGAUAGUGAAAAAAGGAAAGACAAACUCAGGCUGGGGGAGGAGAGAUGUCAAGAAGCUUGAAAGGUAAAGGAAGUGGGCUGAGCCAAACCUUUCAAGCCUCAGGGUGGGAGGUUCCACGCCCGGCAUCCUCAGCUUCUUUGCUUACAUAGCCCUCGGGGACUCCCUUCCAGGACUUCUUAGAGUAGGGGAGGCCCGAGGGGAAGCCGCAGCUAGUGUAGUGUUCCACGCCCCGACUCUGGGUGGGGGAAGGGCUGGAGAGGCGGGGUCUCCGGAAUUAGGCGGGGCUGAGCCCUCUCCCCUAGGGCGGGGCUCCUCGAUAGACUACUGAGUCUGGGGGACAAGCUUCCCCCUUCCCCCCACCCCACCCCCCCGGCUCCUCCGGCAGGCCCCUCCUCCUGCCUCGGCUGCCACCGCCAACGCUAAACCGAGCCUCUUGACUGCAGAGGCAGCGGGAGCAGGGAGCUCCCAGUGCAGCCAGCUGAGCCUGCAGCCGGGCCCGGCCUCUUGUAGCUCAUUGUCCCAGCACCGAGGACAGCGCUGCUCCUCCUCGGCCCAAAGCUUUAUAAACCACGUCGCAACACACGGCCCCCCCUGCCCGCUUAGGGCCCUGGCCCCGCAGCUCCUCGUUCAGCACCGAGGACAGCGCCUCCCACCCCACCCCGCUGCUCCCACCGCCGCCUCCGAGCAGCCCGCCCGCGCUCGGUCUGAACAUGGCCACCGAGAAACCAUGUUUGCUGAUUGAAUUCGUUGUGUCUCUGGAGGGUCACAAUCUGCAGGAGCUCCGGCGCAGUGCCUCAUUGGCCACCAAAGUCUUUGUCCAGCGAGAUUACAGCGAUGGGACCAUUUGCCAGUUCCAGACCAAAUUCCCCCCUGAACUGGACAGCCGGAUUGAGCGGCAGCUGUUCGAGGAAACUGUGAAGACGCUCAACAACUUUUAUGCUGAGGCUGAGAAGAUUGGGGGGAGCUCCUAUUUAGAGGGUUGUCUGGCCUGUGCUACGGCGUACUUUAUCUUCCUCUGCAUGGAGACUCAUUAUGAGAAGGUCCUUAAGAAGAUUUCCCGAUACAUCCAAGAACAGAAUGAGAAGAUAUUUGCUCCUCGAGGCCUCCUUCUCACUGAUCCUGUAGAACGGGGAAUGAGGGUUAUCGAGAUCUCCAUCUACGAGGACCGCUGCAGCAGCGGCAGCGCCAGCAGCGGGAGCUCCAGCAGCAGCGGCAGCAGCAGCGGAGGGGGCGGGGGGGCCGGGGGCCGGUGACUGGCCGAGAGUCCCUGCAGGGAGCUGUACUGCCGGGACGAGGGCCUCUCCGAUCUGCGCAGGCUGCGCUACCAGAGCACUCGCUU